CCCACUUGUGUGACAGGAGUCCUUCAGGUGAGCUUCCUACGUACAGCAGGUGAGGGUCAACGACAUCUGACCUCCCCACUGCCUCCAUCCCUGCUGCCCAGCUGUUCGUGUGGCGGUUUCCAGUGCUCCAAGAGCGAGUCGUGGAUGGAGAGAUUCUGUUUUGGAAUAACCUGAAGAGGAGAGGAAUGAUGGAGGGAUAAUAUCGUGGAGGAAGAGAAGAAACAAAGAUGUACUCAAUCAGAAGCCUGACCACGAUGGCUCACCGGGAGCAACGAGAGGAAGACGGGGUGGAAGAUAUGACACAGUUAGAGGAGAUGCAUGAAGGGGCUGUCCUGCUGAACCUGCGGAAAAGAUUUGAGAGGGAGAUUAUUUAUUCAUACAUAGGCAGCAUUCUGGUGUCUGUGAACCCCUACAAGAUGUACAACAUCUAUGGGACAGACGUGGUGUUGCUGUACAAGGGUCAUGCUCUGGGAGAGAACCCUCCGCAUUUGUUUGCCAUAGCAAACGCUGCUUAUUCCAAAUUGAUGGAUGCCAAACACAACCAGGUCAUAAUAAUCAGUGGGGAGAGCGGAUCUGGGAAAACAGAGGCCACCAAACUGGUCCUUCGCUACCUAGCAGCAAUAGAUCACAAAUGCAAUCUUGCGCAACAGAUACUUGAGGCAGCUCCUCUGCUGGAAUCUUUUGGAAAUGCCAAAACUGUACGGAACGAUAAUUCCAGUCGCUUCGGGAAAUACAUAGAGGUCUUUCUGGAGGAUGGUGUGAUCAGUGGUGCCAUAACCUCUCAGUAUCUACUGGAAAAGUCCCGUAUUGUCUUCCAGGCCAAAGAUGAAAGGAACUAUCAUAUCUUCUAUGAGAUGCUGGCAGGUCUCCCCUCGCAGCAGAGGCAGGCUUUCUAUCUCCAAGAGGCUGAGACCUACUAUUACCUCAACCAGGGAGGGGACUGUGGGAUAACAGGAAAGAAUGACGCUGAGGACUUCCUGCGUCUGCUCGCUGCCAUGGAGAUCCUUCACUUCACCCCUGACGACCAGUCGGCCAUCUUUAGAGUUCUUUCUUCCAUACUGCACCUGGGCAACGUCUACUUUCAGAGAUAUGAGGCGGAUGGCCAGGAGGUGGCGUCAGUGGUGAGCGCUCAGGAGAUCAGAGUGGUGGCAGAGCUGCUGCAGAUCUCUCCAGAGGGUCUUCAGAAAGCCAUCACCUACAAAGUCACAGAGACAAUGAGGGACAAGAUCUACACCCCACUGACUGUUGAAAGUGCUGUCGAUGCCAGAGAUGCUGUUGCCAAGAUCCUGUACUCGCUGCUCUUCCAUUGGUUAACAGAGAGGAUCAACGCUCAGGUGUAUCCCCGCCAACACACGCUCUCCAUCUCCAUCCUGGACAUUUACGGAUUUGAGGAUCUGGCCUUCAACAGCUUUGAGCAGCUUUGCAUUAAUUAUGCAAACGAGUACCUGCAGUUCUUCUUCAACAGGAUCGUGUUCAGGGAAGAACAGGAGGAAUACAGCCGGGAACAGAUCCCCUGGCAGGACAUCCCUUUCAGUGACAACCAGCCCUGCAUUGACCUCAUUGCCGCUAAGCCUCAUGGGAUACUGAGGAUCCUGGACGACCAGUGUGGUUUCCCGCAGGCGACAGACCACACGUUCCUCCAAAAGUGUCACUAUCACCAUGGCAACAACCCACUGUAUAUGAAGCCAAAGAUGCCACACCCAGAGUUCACCAUCAAGCACUUUGCUGGCAGGGUCACCUACCAGGUUUACAAGUUCCUCGAUAAGAACUACGACCAGGUCCGUCAGGAUGUCCUGGACCUGUUCAUUCAGAGCAAGAACAAGAUGGUGUCAAACCUCUUCCUGGUUCACGCAGAGGUCACAGGUCAGCAGAGAGGAGGUCACAUGAGGAAGAGCAGCACAGUCACCAGGAAGUACCAAGCUCCAACCGUCAGCAGCAAGUUCCAACAGUCCCUGCUGGAGCUGGUGGAGAAGAUGGAGAGGUGCAACCCGUUUUUUGUUCGCUGCAUUAAGCCAAAUAAUAUGAAGCAACCAGGUGUGUUUGAGGACGAGUUGGUCAGCAACCAGCUGAGACACUCAGGUGUUCUAGAGACCAUCAGGAUCCGUAGGGAGGGAUAUCCUGUCAGAAUGCCAUUCUACGUCUUCCUGUUCAGGUAUAAGUCUCUGGUGGGGAUACAUGAGCCUCCAGCUGCGAGUGGAGAGAACUGUGUGAUCAUGCUCAGUAAGCUGUGUCUUCUCAGACCAGGAUCCUACCAUGUUGGGGUCACAAAGCUGUUUCUGAAGGAGGACAUCUACCAGCUGUUGGAGUGUAAACGGGAGCGCGCCCGUCAGCUCGCCGCCCUCACCCUGCAGCGUUACACCCGCAUGUUCUUCGUCAGGAAACGCUUCGUGGCCUUCCGCAAGAAGAUCAUCGCGCUGCAGGCACAGUGCCGAGGCUUCCUCAUGAGGAGGCGCUAUGUGAAAAUGAGGGAGAGUCUUGUUCGGUUCCGCUCUCUCAUCCACAUGUACGUCAACCGCAAGCAAUACAUCAAGAGGAAGUUUGAAGCUCAGAGGAAAGUUGAAGAGGAGAGGAGGAGAAGAGAGAUGGAGCUGACCAAGAGGGAGGUGGUGAACGUCACGCACUUGGUGAUCCCUGCAGAGCUGGGCGCGUUACUGCAGACAGCAGGAGUCAGGAGGGAGCUGCACUCAGACUGUCUGGCUCUGCUUCAAGCUCCUCAUAUUCAAGAAGAGGCUCAACUCACGCUGCCUCUGGACAUCAACAACUACCCGUUCUACCGCUACGUGCAGAUCUACUUCAGGGAGCCAAAGUUUGGGAUGUUGACGGCCCCUCUGGAGUCACCGCUGACCCGUGUGGAGGAGGACCUGAGAGGAGAAGCUCUGGAGCUCUUCAUCAUGGCAUUACGAUUCAUGGGUGACCCUCACCUGAACGGGGCGCAGGAAAACAUGUUUGGGAAUUACAUCAUCCAAAGGGGCCUGUCAUCGCCAGGGUUACAGGAUGAGAUCCUGGCUCAGAUCGUCAACCAGGUGUGGAGGAACAUAAACGUUGACAACGCUGAGAGAGGCUGGCUGCUGCUGCUGGCGUGUGUCUGCUGCUUCGCCCCGUCGCCCAAGAUGGACAAAUACCUGCUGAAGUUUGUAUCUGACCACGCCCCUGCUGGUUGCCAGGCGUUGCUGCAACACAGACUCAUCCAGGCCAAUCAGAAGUCACAACUGGGUUCAGGCCCCACCCCCGAGACUGCACGGACCUAUCCACUGUCACUACUGGAGUGGACGGCCAACAGGAAGAAGGCUAACAUGGUGCUGCACGUGCAUAGUUUUGAUGGAGGAUCGUUCCUGUGUCCGGUCCAUUCCUGGACCAGUGGAGAAGAUUUAGCAGGAGACAUACUGCGCCACAGGGGAGUGUCCGACUGGUGGAGGGGGAGCUCGAUUCUGAUGAAGGAGCACGGCCAGUGGGUGGAGUUAGCGGGUCACGACUAUGUCAUGGACCUGAUCGCAGACCUGGAGCUUCCACCAGACUUCCCAAAACAGAAGAGUUACUUCAUCAUCAGCACCGAUGACCCCGCCAGAGUCCGAGCUAACGCCAGCCUUGCUCUGUUUGGCAGCGGCUUUGAGUCAGAUGAGGAGCUUCCUUCUGCCUUUCUUCUCCGUAACAGCAGACCAGCAUACAGUUUGCCUGACUCUGACGGUUACUUCAGCCACGAGUCGGAUGCAUUCAGUGACGGUCAGACUCAGAGAGGAAUGGACCGCUACCUGGACAGCCUGUUUGACCCUGUGCUGUCAGACAGCAGCAUGGACAUGGAAAAGACUGGAAGUUUGUCAGCAAGGAUGAAGGGAGGAGGAGGUAUCGGCAUCACGGGAGGAGGAAGAGGAGAGGGGGAGAAUCAUACGGCCCCCAGUCGGCCGUAUCCACCAGGAAUACAUCCCGGAGGAUCGGAGCAGGCAGUCCUGACUCAACAGCAACAGGCCAUCAUCAACCAGCAAGCCAUCAUUCUGGCCCAGCAGAUGACCAUGCAGGCCAUUGCGAUCCAGCAGCAGAUGUUGUCCUCCUUUCCCCCCGUAGCCCCGGCGCCCCAGUCACCGCCCUCACAGCAUCACACACACUUGCCACAACGCUCUCACACAAUCAGCUCCACCAAAGAGAGUGAAGAGUCGCCGUACAAGCCUGCUGGUGUUCAGCGAAAAAUGAGUCCAACACGUGGCCCCCCUCCUGAGGACGUGGUCCGAUCCACUGUGAGUAACACGGAGCGAAUCGAUCCCAGCCACGACAUCAAAGACAUCAUCAAACAGCACCAGCCUGCUGACUCAACAACUUCUACAGGAAGCGCCACUCAAAGGAAAGGUGAUGGAAAGAUGUUUGCCAAGAAACCAGACCCGCAUGAUGAAGCUAUGGAGAUUCUUAAAGAUCAAAUGGCAAACCCACCACAACCGACUCAAAGGAAGCCUCAGUCCUCCCUACGUAAAGAGGACGUAGGACUUAAGGUUUCAAAGACCACCAAGCCUCGCUCCGCAGGGCAUACCAGCUCCAGCAUAAGCCCCGCCCCUCCUCCAGUCUCUAGAGAUUUGCCAGUGGAGGAGGAGAUCAUUCAGACCCAACUCCACAGCAGAACCAGUGAUGAAUAUUACACGUACUCCAACGUCCCCUGGAAACUCUACAUGAGGAAAGAGGUUUUCUAUCCUAAAGAGACCUUCAACAACCCACUGGUUCUAGACCUGAUCUUCAGACAGGUUGUACAUGACACCUUCUCUGAGGCCUGCAUCCGUAUCACCCAGGAGGAGAGGCAGAAGAUGAAAGCGUUAUUUGCUGAGAACAAGGUGGAUCAGAUGUCAGGAACGCAUGAUGAGAACGUGAAGAAGAAAGUGGUGGCCAUGGCCAGAGACUCAUGGGAGAUUUACUUCUCCCGCCUCUUCCCAGCCUCUGGCAGUGUGGGGACAGGAGUGCAGGUGCUGUCUGUGUCUCAUAAGGGCAUCAAGCUGCUGAAGAUGGUGAGGAGUAGUUCUGCUGCUCCGGACUACUUCAGAGUGCUGAGGCCUUACAGCUACUCGGACAUCCUGUUUGUGUCCAUUCCAUCUAAGAACAUGCUGGAGUUCAACCUGACUAACGAGAAGCUGAUCCUGUUCUCAGCCAAGGCCCCGCAGGUCAAACACAUGAUCGACUACUUCCUCACAGAGCUCAAGAAGGACUCAGAGUACGUGGUGGCGGUGAGGAACUACAUCACUGAGGACAGGUCUCUGCUCAGCUUCCACAAAGGAGACAUAAUCAGAGUGCAGCACAUGGACGGGCUGGAGGCCGGCAAACAUUACGGCUGCAUAGUGAGGAAGAAGGUGAUGCUUCUGGAGGAGCUAAAGAGAGACACUCCUGAGUUUGGUUGGCGGUUUGGGGCUGUGUAUGGGAAAUCUGGAGCGUUUCCCAGCGAGUACGUCCGUCCUGUGGCUGCUCCGGACUUCCUGGUUCUCCCCGCUGAGCGUGUGGAGCCUCGAGACAGACAGGGACGGGUCGCUGCAUCUGCUGCUGUUGCCGUGGCGAUGGGCUCAGCAGUCGCUGCUCAUGAGCUCGACCUGUCCAUGGAGGUGGUAAAUGAGAUGUAUGGGGACAGUCUGAGCAUCGAACUGGACGAUCUGCCUCUGCACAGCAGCCAGUACCACAUGGCUGAGUUUGCCAAGAAGUACUUCAGAGAGGCUCAGAGGAACAGAGGUGAUCAGAAAGCCAAGAAAGGGAAGGAGGGCAGGGACCCUGCUGACAUGGUUAAAUUCUCCAAGUCUCCGAUCCAGGAGUCUCUGAUCGACUUCUCAGACAGUGGGAUGAACAGAGUGGCUGCUGACAUCUUCUUAGCCAUCAUGAAAUUCAUGGGAGACUUUCCACUGAAGGGUCAGACUGAACAGGACCUGGUCACCAUGAUACUGAAGUUAAGUGGCGACCAUGGUCUGAUCAAAGAUGAAGCCUACUGCCAGGUGAUGAAGCAAGUCACCACCAACACCAGCUCCAAACCGGACAGCUGUCAGAGAGGAUGGAGGCUGCUGUACAUCCUGACAGCUUUCUAUCGCUGCUCUGAUGUGAUGAAGCCAUUUCUGUUGAAGUUCCUGCAGGACGCCUGUAACAGCCCUGGGAUGCAGUACCAAGGAAUUGCCAAGGCAUGUGAGCAGAACCUCAGGAGGACUUUUCAAUAUGGCGGACGUAUACAGUAUCCCAACAGCAUGGAACUCAAAGCUAUGCUGGCUGGGCGGAGCUCCAAGAGACAGCUGUUCCUGCUGCCAGGUGGGAUCGAAAGGCACUUGAAAAUCAAGACGUGCUCUGUUGCUUUGGACGUCAUCGAGGAGCUUUGCUAUGAGAUGGGACUACACAGGGUGGAGGCAUUGGACGAAUAUGCCAUCUUUUUGGUCACACACAAAGGUCAGAAUGUGCGUCCCCUGAACAAGCGUGAGUACAUCCUGGACAUCGCUACAGAGGCGGAGCCAGUGGACGCCAACUACAGUCUGUGGUUCAGGAGAGUCAUAUGGAGCCUGGCACUCAAACUUGACAACGAACUCUAUGUGACCAUGCACUAUAACCAGGUGUUGCCAGACUACCUGAAGGCCUUGCUGAGUGUCGUCCCUCAGGGUAAGGCGAGUGAUCAGCAUCUGCAGCAGAUUGCCAGACUGGCCGCCCUACAGCACCGUGCCAAGGACACCAUCUACCUGCCCACCAUGCGUGAGGUGCAGGAGUGUGUCCCCCCACAGUUCUACAGCAAACAGGGUUCACAGCAUUGGCUGAACAUGACAACUCAACACAUGCAGCAGGUCCAGCCCUUAAACCCACACCAGGCUCGUGCACAGUUCCUUGGUCUGGUCAGUGCUUUCCCCAUGUUCGGCUCCUCCUUCUUCUACAUCCAGAGCUGUAGCUCCUCCUCCAUCUACGCACCGUGCAUCCUGGCUGUGAAUCUGAAUGGACUGCACUUUCUGAACAAGGAUACUCAUGAGGCCAUGGUGCGUUUCCCUCUGAAGGAGGUCCAGUCGACUCGCACUCAGAGACCGACUUCAGGCUCCAGUUAUCCGUAUGUGGAGAUCAUGAUAGGAGACCUGCUCAACCAGCGCAUCACUCAGCUGCAGCUGGAGCAGGGCCUGGAGCUGUGCCGAGUCAUCGCUAUGCACAUGGAGAACAUGUUGUCAGUCAGAGAAAAGAGACUCACUUUGCCACCGAGUGAAAUCACCCUGCUAUAACACACAACAACCACCUGCACUCAGAUAAAUCACACUGUAUGCCUCAUAAAUGUACUGCAUCUACCUCUAUAUUAAAAUAGAAUAUUUUGAUAUGUAAAGGUAAUGUUUCUGUAAUCUGAUGAAUGUAAUAGUUGAAGAUGUUGAUAACAGUUUGAAAAACAGGUAUAUUCAAUCACACAACGUGAUUUUGCUGAGUAGGACAUCUUCCUGGACAAACGCUGCGAUCAACCAAUCACAGCCCUCUGACAUCAUCAGCUGUACUUCUUUCAAAAAUCUUUUGUGCUUCCUAAGCUAAGCUAGUUUUCCAAAUUGAAUGUGAAACAACUGAACAAAAUCCUCAGUAACAUUAAAUAAAAUCUGCUGCAGGGUUAGCGAGUUAGCUUGCUAACUAGUAGGCUAGAUUAUUGUUAAACAGAUGUUAAGGAUAAUAUCUUUUUUUUAAGUUACCUGUGAUUAACACAUUUCCCUCCUUUUUUAUAGCUCAUUAAAAAAGUUUUGUUUUAUUUUUGUUUUAUUUUAUUUUUUCAAAACACUGGAUAAUUUGUUAAUGUAGCAAUGAUGGUCCUGGAUCAACACGAGCACUACAAUAUUAUGAAAAAAAUAGUUUGAAUGGGCAUGAAAAAAGGAGAGAAAUGUUUCCAUUGCAGCUGCAAACUGAUAUUAUCCUUACUUUUAAUCUAAGUGAACAAUAUUCUAGCUUAGUAGCAAGCUUACUCGUUAGCAUAGCUAACCUAGUUAGCAAGCUAACUCGCUAAUUUUCAAGUCUAUUGGCACUUAUACUUGUUAGCAUAGCCAACCUAGUUAGCAAGCUAACUCGCUAGGUGGUUGAAAAGGAUUUUGUUAAAUUUUACUUUCUCCAAUUGUGGAAAACUAGCUUAGCUCUGAGCAAACACAAAAGCUGUGUCUCAAUUCAGGGGCUGCAGCUUUUGAAGGAUGCAUCCGUCGCGGUUUAUGUUGGCCAUGUCCUUUGAAGACCGCAUCAACCAAACUGAACAGUCUCCAAAAUGGUACGAUCUGGUCUGUGGAGGAUUUCCUGGUUGCAUCACCAGUUGUUUUCACCCUGACCCGUUGGCGUUCCUGUUACUUAGCAACCAGCUGCAAUUGACGACACAAGGAGUGAGCUAGCAAGUUAGUUAGCCCUAAAUCAUGGACCUCGACAUUAUUUUAUUUUUUAAAUUUUAUUUAAUACAUUAGGAAAUGAUUCACCACUGGUGACACUGCAAUUUGAUAUAUAAUUUUAGGUUUAAAGGCCUUUUGUGUUUUAUAACAUUUAUAUUGUUAGCUAUUCGAGUGAGUUGAAACCCAGUACUUACAUUUAAAAGGUGUAAUCUGCCUCCAUUGCUGCCGGUGGUUAUCAGGCGCCAUACUGAAAACAACCUAAUCGUGGCUGGCUUGCAGUGUAUCUUAGGAUAAAUUGGGCCAUGAAGGAUUCAUCCCUUACAUACUUUAAAUUCUGGGAAAGAAGACUGCAUCUUCAAGUCUGAGUCUUCAAAAUGGGAUAGCCUUGGUUGCGCCGAUGUGAUGCAGUCGGUCUAUAAAUAUGAACUUCAAAGGCUGCAGCCCCUGAAUUGAGACACAGGGAAUUUUAAAUUAACUGCCAGAGCAGCACACUGAUGAUGUCAGAAGGCUGUGAUUGGUUGACUGCAAUGUUGGUCCAGGGACGGAAUGUGGGAAGUUGAUCCAGGAACAUAUCAAGGCUGCAACUAAAGAUAAUCGUCAUGAUUUGGUAUAAUUUCAGAGAAUAGUUAUAAGAUGACUAUCACAAUUUCCCACAGCCAAAAAUAUCAUGUUUAAAUGGCUUGUUUUAUUCAACCAGCAGUCUAAACCCCAAAUGUUUUCAGUUUAUUAUCACAGAAGAGUAGGAAACCCAGGGAAUGUUCACAUAUGAGAAGCAGGAACAAUUUAAUUUGGGGGCAUUUUGCUUAGAAAAAAAAAAAGAUUUAAACAAUUACCUACGGCUUCAACAUAAAGUAGGAAAAGGCAUAUAUAGUUAUCUUUCUGUGUGCAUGACACGUACAUCCAGUAAAUCAGUGCAGUUACCCUGCACAUACUUCAAAAACUCACACCACUGAGUUUAAUGCAUUCAUGUGUCUCUGACGCAGUGUAAGGAGUAUAGAAACUGAGAGUCAGACUUGAUAAACAUCUUUUCACACUGAACCCAUUCAUGUUUUUCUUUGACAUUUUUAGCCAAAACAGUUUCAGAUCUUGUCUGCCAUGAUUGCCUUUUCGUGCUGGGACUCUAAUGGAUACUACCUCUUUAAUUUACUUUAACUUGCCCACUUCAGAAGAACUGUAUGAUUUGAUUUACGUUGAUUCUAGGGCAACACUGAAUUUAAAUGUGGUCCUUGAACAAGGGUAGGAACCCCUGCUGUGGUUGGCUCUGUUCCUGGAAGCUCAAAUGUGUGAAACUGAAAUGAAUAUUAAGCAAACUUAAGUAUCACCACAUCUUCCCUUAAACACUAUUAGAUGCUUGUGGUUUGACAGAAUACAUAAUUAUUCAUUACUUCAUGACUUGAACCUACAUGCAAGAGUAGCAUACCUAAAUUAUAUUUGAGCCCAUAAGAUGUUCUGUUUUUUUGUUAUUUUAUUAAGAUGAAUUUAAACCAAAAACAAGAGAAGGCAGCCACAAAAACAGACCACAAAUUAAAUUAUUUUUCUUUAUUUUCUUCCCUGUUAUGAAAUCAAAGGAAAGGCACAAUGAGCGGAAACAUAUUUUUGGAAGCAUAUUUUGGCACAUGGUUAUAAGCCACAUCACUGAGCUCUUUGCACUAAUGGAAAUGAUUAUUUAUACAAUGUAUAGCAUAUAUAUUUUUAUGUAAAUAGCUGUUGUACAUAACUAAUGCACGUGAAUAAUGUACAUUAAAGUUUGUAGCAUAAAUUACUCUGGUGUGUGAAUUUGGUUCAUUUGAAAAAGAGACCUUUAGUAACAUCAUGCACAUAUGAAGUUUAAAACAAGUAUAAUUUCAAAGGCAUCAGAGAAAGCAAGAGAUUAGAGAUACAGUGCCGUAAACAGGGGAACAAAAUUAUGUUUACCUGGUCCUGGUGCAAAACAACAUAAUGAAACAUGAGGUGCAAACAAGAUACAGCCAAAUCAAAACAGAAUGGGAAAUAGAGUAAAUGAAUAAA